GUACCGGUACUUCUUAUUCGUUACAUGUGAAGUAGUUUAACAUUUUUAAUCAUAGCCUUAUCCUUAAUAUGGCAUCCCUAAAACACUUAUCGAACAGAGACACCACUAAUUUUGCGAGGGUAUGUCGACUUGUCAGUGUCUGUGCCGACCUAUUGAGAGAUGUUCUUCUUCACUUCGUUUCCGUCAUGUCUUUGUAUUCAGAACUUGACCGGGCGAAAGAAAAAUUCAUGAAAAUUCUAAAUCCACAACAAAAAAUACUUCUUUAUAAAAAGAGAAAAUCAUUUUUGCCUUACGAUGAUCUGGAUAUAUCACUUCUAUAUCUAAUUAUACGAAAUCUGUGUGAUGAAAGUCUGCACACGCUUAGUAAUGGACAGAAGGGGAUGACCAGCCCUAAAGAAGGAUGGGGAAAGGAACCCACUGAAAAAGACCGGUCUCUGGCAGCAAAUAUAGAAAGAAUUCGUCUAUUUCGAAAUGAUAUAUGUCACAGAGAGAAUGCAUCGAUGGCAAACCCUGAAUUCUCCUUCAUUUGGACAAAGAUGAGUAGAGUGGUUGAGGAAAUUGAAAAAGAGCUGGGAAAUAAAGUUAAUCCUACUAAACACAUAGAUCUAUUGAAGACAAUAAGAAGCAUAUCAAUGGACCCUGAGGAAGCCCAGAAAUAUAUAAAAGAAUUGGAAAAAAUGAAAGAAGAAAAGGAAGGACUAGAAGAGAGACUGAAUCUGAAAAUAGAGGAAUUAAAGAAGGAAAUCGUAAAUAAGGAUCUAGCUAGAAUCAUCAAAAAUCCAGGUCUGUUUGACAUAUUUCUAAAGCCAAUAUCAUCGUAUAUUAUCACAAAGCAAAUUUUUAAGUAA